GGCAUUUCCAUUUUAUUGUCAGGGUUUAGAGUUUAAGACUUGGUUAUGCAAGAACUGAACUGGAGCAGUGAUCCAAUUCGCAGUUUACAGUUGGGUCUGGUUUUAAAGGCUUCGUGCUUUGGGUGGUCGCCGUUGAGGUUCAAAGGAGUCCGAUUGUUAGGAACUUCAUCCCAACUGUGGGUUUGGUAUUGGAAGGACCCAAUGUAACGCCCAAUCUAUAGAAACAAACAGCGCAUUUGUUUGAUUGCAAAGGAGUGCUACUUUGAUUAAACCUUGAAGAUCAGAUGCUCAUAUAUCUACUUUGUGAGAAUUUAUGCUCAACUUUCUCUGUGGUGAGGCUUAAGUUUUAUGAUUUCUGCUGCGCCCAGUAGUUGUAUUGGGCUCAGUAGAAUGGAGGUUUUCAGUAUGAGGGGAAAUGUGCAUAUAGUUUGAUAUGUGGGAUUCAAUCAUCAGCUUGAAUUUCAAUAUCUUCAGCCAGGGCUCUGAAGUGUAUGCCAGACGAAGAUUUUCCUUGUGAGUUGUGACUAUUAUCUUCUGAAUCUUUAAGUUAUUGGUAGGGGAAUUUCUAUUUUCUACAAUUCAGGGUUUUCAACUAGUCUCUAGCGAUUAGAGAAUGUCUGCAGAUGAAAAAUUAAGGUUUAAGUUCAAUAAGAAAUUCAAAAUAGCAGUUGGAAAUUCCAAGUUUUCAAAUAGUGGAAGAAAGAAGGCUGAAAAUAAUGUCAAUGAGAGUCAGAAUGGUAAGAGAACUAUAAAUCAAGUGUAAGAGAUAAGAAGUUUCAUUCUGCUGAAGAACGGAGGCAGGGAGUUUUUGAUAGAAGGAAGAGAAUCUAUGUUGAUCGAGAUGCAGCUUGGGAGGCUAAUAGUAAUGGGGAGGCACCUUAUAGGAAGGUUUUAUCUAAAAAAGGACAGAAUCAAUUGAAGUAUUGUUAUAUUAAUGAGAAGAACUACAGUAGAUCUCCUUCAUGUCCUCGUUACAAGCGGGGUUCUAAUGAGAGUGCUUCUGAGACUAAACGGUUUUCUCCCAAGGAGAGAAGUGCAAAAGUUUAAUAACUUCGGCAAUGAAAAGAAUAAUAGUAGGUUUCCUUCUCGUCCCUGUUCUAAGUGGGGUUCUGAUGGAUUAGCGAAUGCUUCUGAAACUAAACGUUUUUCUCCCAAGGUUAGAAGUGCAAAAGUUUACAAUGAAACAAAAUUUAAGGAGGCUGAUAAUUUUGGUAAUAUUAAGAGUAGCAGUAGAUCUACUUCGCGUCCUCGCUCUACAUGGGGUUCUGAUAAGCAAUGUUCUGAAACUAAACGUUUUUCUUCCAAGGUUAGAAGUGCAAAAGUUUACAAUGAAACAAAAUUUAAGGAGGCUGAUAAUUUUGGUAAUAUUAAGAGUAGCAGUAGAUCUACUUUGCGUCCUCGCUCUACAUGGGGUUCUGAUAAGCAAUGUUCUGAAACUAAACGUUUUUCUCCUAAGGUUAGAAGUGAGAAACGUUCCAAUAAAACCAAAGUUAAGGAUGAUGAUAAGAUGGAAUCCAUUACAACUGAUGAUGGUCGGAGUGCUUCACUGAAGAAACAUAACCAAAUAAAACCAGACUUGCAAAAAUCCCCAAAUAUAUCUCUUCCAAAUACUGUGAAGAAAAAAGCACGGAACAAGAAUAUCUCGGAUGAAGGAUCAGAGGUGCUAGAUGGUCAGCCAAAGAACAAGAAGCAAAUGCGACUAGAUCCAUACGACAUUUCAAAUAAACGUCUUGAUGAUAAUAUUGCUACAAAUGAAAACUUAAAGGAAAGGAAAACGAUGUUGAGGAAAACGCUGAGAUAUCAAAGAACGUACAAUUUCGUGCAAUCCAACCAUGUCCGUCAAUCCUCUCCUAUGUCGAAGAUAAUUUGUUGGGUCAUAGACGCUUGAUUGAACUGAAGAGGCCAGGCUACAACACUGAGCUUUCUGCACCAUUGGAUAAUACUCCUUUCUCUAUCAGCUCCGAAAGAGUUUUGAGGAAAAUGUAUGUAAUGCAAGUCUAGAUAAACAUCCUCAUGUUUGUAAUAUUGGAUAUAUUUUUUUCCAUGUUUUCUGAAACAAGCUUAAAUUUAUUUAUUGGGAGUGUAAGACUCUUUACUGACUCAUGUGAAACCAUUGUUAUUGAUAACUAAUGUUUGUAGA